UCUUUCCGAAACGAAAUUAAGAUCAUAGGUAAUAAGACUCUUCGUCUUCCUCACCUCAACACUUCUUUGAAGAGAAAAAUAAAAAACAGAGAGAAAGAGAGAAAAAUGGCAGGAGCUUUGAUUGGAGAGGCUUUUCUGUCCGCUUCCAUUCAGACGUUGUGCGACAAGAUUGCUUCUGGGAGUUCAUGGACUUCUUACGGGGAAAAAAGCUUGACCAUUCACUCUUGGAGAAACUGAAGCUGACUUUUCUGGCCCUCGAUGCAGUGCUCGAUGAUGCAGAGGAGAAGCAAAUUGAGAAACCUCGUGUGAAAAAGUGGCUUGACGAGCUCAAACAUGCCGUCUUCGAUGCCGAGGACCUGCUGGCUGAGAUCGAUGCUGAAGCUUUGCAAAACAAGGUGGAAGCAGAGGAAUAUCAAACCAAAACGACGUCCCAGGUGUGGCACUUUUUCUCUACUUCUCUUAAUCCUUUUCAUCAAGGCAUGAAUGGUAGGAUACAAGAGUUGUUUCAAAAGGUGGAACACCUUGCGAAACAAAAAGAUCUCCUUGGUCUUAUAGGAGGAGGCGUUAAGGAGAAGGUUUCUCAAAAAACUCCCACAACGCCCUUUGUUGGGCAUGACUUUAGUGCUUGUGGUAGGGAUGGAGAUAAAAAGGAGUUGAAGAGAAUGUUGCUAUCGGAUGAUGCAAGUAGCAGCCACAUAUCAGUAAUCCCCAUAGUUGGAAUGGGCGGGGUCGGUAAGACAACCCUUGCUCAGCUCCUUUACAAUGAUAAAAAUAUAAAAGAGCAUUUUGAUGUUACAGCUUGGGCUUGUGUUUCCGAAGAUUUUGAUGCUAUGAGGGUAACUAAAACCCUUAUUGAAUCAAUUAUCUCAAAACCUUGCCGUCUUCAAGAUAGCUUGCUUCAAGUUGAACUUAGGGAAAAAGUGAGGGAGAAAAAGUUCUUAUUUGUGUUGGAUGACCUUUGGAAUGACAACUAUAGUGAUUGGGAUCUUGUUCGGGCUCCUUUUACUUAUGGGGCGAGGGGAAGUAAGGUCAUAGUGACAACAAGGAACAAAAGUGUCGCAUCCAUUGUGCAUACUGGUCCUAUUCACUCUUUGGAACAAUUAUCGCAUGAAGAUUGUUGGUUUUUACUCGCAAAACAUGCAUUUAGAAAUGAAAAUCCUAGUGCGCAUCCAGACUUGGAAGAAAUUGGUAAGCAAAUUGCACGCAAGUGCAAUGGUCUUCCUUUAGCUGCAAAAGCACUUGGGGGUCUCUUAAGUUGUAAUGUAGGUUACAAGGAAUGGAGUCACAUAUUGAACAACAAUCUUUGGGAGAUGUUGCAUACUGAUAAAAGUGUUCUUCCAUCUUUAAGAUUGAGUUAUCAUUAUCUCCCUACUUAUUUAAAACAAUGCUUUGCUUAUCUCUCAAUUUUUCCAAAGGACUAUGAAUUUGCAAAGGAAGAUAUAAUUCUACUUUGGAUGGCAGUGGGUUUAAUUCCACAAAAUGAGAGCGGUAAAGGAUUGGAAGAGCUCGGUGAGAGUUACUUUGAUGAACUAUUGUCACGAUCAUUACUUCAAAGAUCAUUAAUUGGGAAAUCAUCAAGUUUCACAAUGCAUGAUCUCAUUAACGACUUGGCUAUGUUUGUGUCUGGAGAAUUUUGUUUUAGGUUGGAUGAGGGAAAGUCGCACGAAGUUCCUAAAAGAGUUCGGCAUUUGUCAUAUAUGAGAGGAAACUUUGAUACCGCAGCAAAAUUGAAGUCAUUGGAUGAAAUUAAGUGUUUGCGCACCUUAUUUCCUAUGUCUUUAAGACCAUACACUAAGUGGGAUAAGAGCCUAUAUGUAAGCAUAAAGGUUUUAGAUGAUUUGUUAGCAUCAGGAAAAUGUUUACGGGUGUUGUCAUUGUCAAGAUAUAAAAAUAUCACGCAAUUACCUGAUAACAUUGGUAAACACUUAAACUUGCGCUACAUUGAUCUGUCUUACACUGCAGUAAAAAAGUUACCAGAAACGAUGUGUACUCUCUACAAUUUACAAACUCUAUUGUUGGUCGGUUGUUCCUCUCUUGUUGAAUUGCCUGCGGACAUGAGGAAAUUGAUUAAUUUGCGUCAUCUUGACAUGAGUGGAAGUUGUGUAAAAGAGAUGCCGGUGCAAAUGGGUAGACUAAAAAGUUUGAGAACAUUGACUGCUUUUGUGUUGGGGAAAUCUACUGGGUCAGGUGGCAUUGGAGAACUGGGGCAAUUGUCCAAGCUUCGAGGAAAACUAUCUAUCUUGAAUCUGCAAAAUGUCGUCAAUCCUAUGGAUGCCUUGGGGGCCAAUUUGAAGGAUAAGAAAGAUCUCAACGAAGUAGAGUUGGCAUGGGGUCGUGAGGAAGCAGAUGAUUCCAUGAAAGAGAGACGAGUACUUGAAAGCCUACAGCCUUCUGUAAAUCUGGUGAAGCUGACCAUCAGAUUUUAUGGUGGAACCAGCUUUCCGGAUUGGUUGGGAGACUCUUCCUUCUCCAACAUACAAGUCAUGUGUCUUAGUGAUUGUAGUACUUGCUUCUCAUUGCCACCAGUUGGGCGGUUACCUGCUCUAAGAGAGCUCUAUAUAAAAAGGAUGAAAACUGUUGUGAGUAUCGGUGUCGAGUUCUACGGGGGUAAUGGAGCUUCUGUAAGUCAACCAUUUCAAUCUCUCGAGAAGCUAAGGUUCAAAGAGAUGCCGGAGUGGGAGGAAUGGCUGUCGAGUCCAGGUAGAGGUCAAUCUAUAGACUUUCCUCGUCUUGAGGAGCUCAUUUUAGAGAAUUGUCCGAAGCUGAGGGGA